GCUGAUCAGCUCCGGGAUUAAGGUAAGAUAGGUAGGUACCGAAAUAGGUAUUUUUAGAAUCCCAAUCUAGAUCUAGAUAUGUCGGAGGACAAAAUUGCAUCGUCUCCCUGGGGGCUCAGCUAUUAUUUGUUGAUCGCACAUUGGUCAAUCUAUUCCAAGCUAUUCCAAGCUGGCGCCGUGGUACUACCAAUGACUUGGGGCUGAUGGAGCUGGAGACAACUCCAACGUACCUGGGUACCUGUUCCAAAGUGGUAUGUCAGUCCUAUUCCUGAUCGUAAGCCUUAAAUUGCAAUGUAAUUUUCGGAUCCUAAAGGACGACGAUAUAAAGCGUGAGUAUACCCUUUCGUGAAGCAUCAUGGGUUGCAUCUCGAGGUGUUGUCCACAGAAACGCUCUGUUUGCUGGUCAACUGUCCCGUGUACCCCACUAUCACCAUGGUUCUACUCCGAAGUAUCAGGCAAGUAGCUUGUCUUGCAGCUUGCGUCUUGUUCGCAAGCCCAAUAAAUGCAGCCCCAGUAGAGGCCGCCGACGCGUUAUCUGAGCGUAGUUCCGCAGGCGGAAAGCGCAUCAUUCUCUGGGAGACAAGCUUAUCGGCCGAGCUGAAAAGCAUUCCCGCCCUCUUGACCGCCGCGGCUGCGCUAACCUCAUCAACCGUCAUCCACUCGAUAACGAACUGGGAGACGUAUCGACCGACGGAGUUGACUAAGAAUCUUCCCUUCCGCCCAAUGGUGCGCACGCCGCAGCAUCUUAGCGGCGACAAUUGGAAAAAUCUCAUCUCGGUCGUAUCGUCGCAGAAGAACACGAUCGUGCACUUCUACAACGAGCCGGAAAUGGCCGGCAUCAGCGCCGCCGACGCGGUGGCGAAGUGGCGCGCGAACAUGCUCCCGCUCCGGCAGAAGUACGGCGCGAAACUCGUCGCGCCGGGCAUCUCGAGCGCCCCCGCCGGCGCGACGUGGCUGCAGACGUUCAUGGGCAUGCUGGCGGCCAACGAGAAGCCGGACUACCUCAACCUGCACUUCUACACGCUGCAGACCAGCUCCAGCGACUCGGAAAUCCAGAACGCGAAGACGUACUUCACCAACAUGCAUAACCAGUACAAGCUGCCCAUCAUCGUAGGCGAGAUUGCGAGCACGAACCGCGACGGCAACCAGGUGGUGGAAUUUACGAAGCAGGUGUCGAGCUGGUUGGACGGCCAGAGCUGGAUUGCCGAGUAUGGCUUCUUCGGCGUGUCGACCAAGGUCGACGACAGUUUUGUAAGCCCCGCGGCGCAGAUGCUGGAUGCCAAUGGCGCUUGGACGGCACUUGGCAAAUGGUGGAUUGGCAAGUAGGAGGCACAGGGGGGGCGGUUUAUGCAGGAACUCGGAGUUUUUAUUUGGUCUCUUUUGUUCUACUGGAAUACCCUGUUCAGAUAUUUUGUCUUGCGUGACGUGUACAACAUUGUCUGCAUUGUGCCACAUGCAAUUUUUUUAUUUGAUAUUCUUGUACAUACCAUACCCUAUUCAAUCUUUUACGUUUGGAAGACUUCCUC